CCCCCGCUCGCGGCCGUGGCUGACAAGUUCCACCAGCACGCGGCGGCCGCGGCCGUAGCCGGGGCGCACGGCGGCCACCCCCACUCGCACCCGCACCCGGCGGCCGCGCCGCCCCCGCCGCCCCCGCCGCAGCGCCUGGCGGCCAGCGUGAGCGGCAGCUUCACCCUCAUGCGCGACGAGCGCGCGGCGCUCGCCUCCGUGGGUCACCUCUACGGGCCCUACGGCAAGGAGCUGCCCGCCAUGGGGUCGCCGCUCUCGCCGCUGCCCAACGCACUGCCGCCCGCGCUGCACGGCGCCCCUCAGCCGCCGCCGCCGCCGCCGCCGCCGCCGCUGGCCGCCUAUGGCGCUCCGGGCCACCUGGCGGGGGACAAGCUGCUGCCGCCCGCCGCCUUCGAGCCUCACGCCGCGCUGCUGGGUCGCGCGGAGGACGCGCUGGCCCGCGGGCUGCCCGGAGGCGGCGGCGGCGGCGGCAGCAGUUCGGGCGCCGGGGGCCCCUCCGGCGGCGGCGGCCCUGCCGCGGGAGGCGGUGGCCCCGGGGCGGGCGCGGCGGCCGAGGAGAUCAACACCAAGGAGGUGGCGCAGCGCAUCACGGCGGAGCUGAAGCGCUACAGCAUCCCGCAGGCCAUCUUCGCGCAGCGCAUCCUGUGCCGCUCGCAGGGCACGCUCUCCGACCUGCUGCGCAACCCCAAGCCCUGGAGCAAGCUCAAGUCGGGCCGCGAGACCUUCCGCAGGAUGUGGAAGUGGCUGCAGGAGCCCGAGUUCCAGCGCAUGUCGGCGCUGCGCCUCGCAGCCUGCAAGCGGAAGGAGCAGGAGCAGCAGAAGGAGCGCGCGCUGCAGCCCAAGAAGCAGCGCCUGGUGUUCACCGACCUGCAGCGGCGCACGCUGAUCGCCAUCUUUAAGGAGAACAAGCGGCCGUCGAAGGAGAUGCAGGUCACCAUCUCGCAGCAGCUCGGCCUGGAGCUCAACACUGUCAGCAAUUUCUUCAUGAACGCGCGGCGCCGCUGCAUGAACCGCUGGGCCGAGGAGCCAGGCGCUGCCCCCGGGGGCCCCGUCGGCGCCGCGGCCACCUUCUCCAAGGCCUGA